AUAUGUGAUUGGUCGAUUGGGUAUUUGUUUCACAGUUACGCGUAUAAAAAUUGAUUCAUCUCCACCGUAGGGUUGCAGUACAGCGUAGAGGCGGAGGAGAAGCCGGCAAAUCAGGGGACGAUUGCUUCACGUAAUAACGCUUUCUAAUUCUAUUGUGCAGCAGGGUUCAAAAGUCAACAAACUGCAGAUGGAUGGGGAAAAGAAGAAUGACUCAGGGAAGGUGACACAAGGACAGUGUGAAUCCAGGUUACUUACUAGUAGAUAUAUUUUAAUUAUUUUUUGAAUGAAUGAUAAUAUCUUAAAAAUAUGGAGAAUGAUAAGUUAUUUAAUCUUUGCAUUCUAAAGUUAAUAUUUUUCAGUAGCACUUUAAGUUUGGUGAAGGAUUUAAAUAAAUUUAUGAGGGAUGUUUGGUCUAUGUCAAAGAUGCAUGAAAGUAUUGGCGCUUGUGUAGAAUAUAUGGAAGAGGAGUUGCCAAAAUAUCUAUACAAGGUACAUUGUCCGUUUGAGAUUCGAGAGCAUGAUGAACCAAGAACUCUCAAACCAGAGUCAUUUCUACCAACUUUUAAUGAAGAUUUUGAUGAAGAUGAAUUUUGCUAUUGGAUAGAAGAUGUAGAAAGUGGUUUCGAGUAUUGUGAUGUUGCAGAGGAUGAAGAAGUAGAAGUUGUAGUCAGAUGCACAUUGCCACGUGAUGGAGAGGCUUUCAAAUGGUGGCAAGGUAUCCAAGAGCUAAGCAAGAAAGUCGAUGAAAAACAUCCCAUUGGGUGGGAUGAGAUGAAGAGGUUGUUUAUGGCUAAAUACCUUUAUCCAAAAGAUUGUUUGAUUGAUAGCUCUAACAAAACAUCCUAACUUUCUUACACCCAAGGAAAUGGAAUUGCAUCUAUUUGGAAUUUAAGGAAAUUAAAAUCCUUUUGGCUUUUUGUUUCAA